CCGGCCGGGCGGCGCGUGCCGGCUGCGCGCGGCGGUGCGGAGCUCCGGUCCCGUCCGGUCCCAUCCCGGAGCGGCAUUCCCGGCCGGAUGGCAUCCAACUACAGAAAACCUGGCUUAGGUACAGCUCAGCGGAAGAAAAGUGGCUUGAAACCUGAGCUUACAGAAGAGCAAAAGCAGGAGAUCAGAGAAGCUUUUGAUUUGUUUGACACUGAUGGAUCUGGAAGCAUUGACAUAAAAGAACUGAAGGUUGCGAUGCGUGCCUUAGGCUUUGAGCCAAAAAAGGAAGAGAUUAAGAAGAUGAUAGCAGACAUUGACAAGGAAGGAAGUGGCACCAUCAACUUUGAAGACUUUUUGGCUAUGAUGACACAGAAAAUGAGCGAAAAGGAUUCAAAAGAAGAAAUCCUGAAAGCUUUCAGAUUAUUUGAUGAUGAUGGCACAGGAAAAAUUUCAUUCAAAAACUUGAAAAGGGUUGCCAAGGAGCUGGGAGAAAAUUUAACAGAUGAAGAACUUCAGGAAAUGAUUGACGAAGCUGAUCGAGAUGGAGAUGGGGAAGUAAGUGAGCAGGAGUUUUUGAGGAUCAUGAAGAAAACUAGCUUAUAUUAGUCUUUGUUGCCUUGCUACACAACUGGUCCAAAAGAUAACCUGGAAAAGGCUUAAAAACUGGGCUUGUGCCUCUUGCAAGGCAGGGUCCCUUCCCCUCCAUCAUAACAACUUCCCUGGUUUCCAUUUUGGAUAAAACCUGCUGUGUUUUACUAUUGAACUAAAAGAUACUUCACUUGACAUGUGAAGAUUCCCACUGCUGCUGGGAAAGGCUGCUUUGCCUUUCCUAAGGUUACUGAUUGAAGGGACAAGCCAGUAUUUUUUAUUCCUUUGAAGGUUUUUUAGGUUAUCUUUUGGUAUUUGUCUCCUGUUGUUUAUUUCCAUGAGAGACUCUAAAAUGAAUUGCAUAUUUGUCUGUAUUUCUGUAUGAAACAUAGUUUUCCUAUGGCAAGUUGUUUCUGGAUUUAAUGGAAAGCAAAUGUAGAUUUGGUUCUUCCUUUGGAGCUGUGUGCCAUCCAUAGAUGUUCUUGUGUUUAUCUGAUCACCUGGAAACCACAAUGAAACUUGAAUGUAACCUUCUUAGGUGACCAAAGUUUAUUGUUUAUUACCAGGCAACCCUUUUGCCAUUGUUCUUACUCCCCAGACAUUACAGAGCUGCUGUUACUCCAGGAUUUCGGGUACCUAAAAAGUUCAGUUCCACAGUGCACUAGAGUAAAUUUUCUCUCAUUGACAGUUGCAUUGCAGAGAGGAUUUGCCUCUGAAGUGAAAAACUAGCUCACCAUGGACAUCUGUGGAGCACUGAAUAUAUUUAGAUCCCUGCACUCCAAACCCAUUCUGCACAUCACACGUGUUGGGGUGAUUUUUUUAGGAGUACCCCUGCAUAUAUUGUCAAUCCAGGAUUUACUGGAGAGCCACAUUUCCUUCUGAAUUACAGAGCAGUGACACACAGCCUGCUGUCUGAUUAUGUGGCUGUGCAGGAGGGUUUAUCCUUUGUAGGCAAUCAGCUUCAAAACUUUGAAAUCCUGUAAAGCUCCAGAGCUCGAGAAGUCCCCUGUUAACGUGGUGGCCGUAGAUGUAAUCUAUAGUGCUGUGUUUUAAAAUGUCUUAACUUUGUAUAAGUGUGAAAUAAAACUGUUUUGCAAGUUAAAAA